AUGGAGAAGCUCAAGGAGUUGUCAACAAUUAUCGACAUGGUGAUCCAAGAUGUUGAGGCCUGCCCUGUGAUGGAUGCCGCUGUGAAGAACUUGCUUAGAAAGCUCAAACACUUGGCCUACGAAGUGGAGGAUGUCGUGGAUUACUACGACACCAAAGCUUUGCGGAAGCAAAGAUCAAGAGCAUAUUCCAGGCCGGUGCGCGAUUUCUUCUCUUCUAAUAAUAAUCAACUUGUAUUUAAGAGUAAGAUAAGUGGCAUGAUAAAAGCAGUAACUGAGAAUCUAGAUUCUAUUUUGCUGGAAAAGUCCAUCCUUAAAAAUUUGUCACAAGGCAGUAACCCAAGUGCCUACGGAGAGAUCCACGCGCACAAUAGCUUGGCUGUUAUAGGGAGAGAAACAGAGAAGGCGAUGAUUGUCAACAUGUUAACGGAUGAUGAAGGAAGCAGCAGUGGUACAUUGAAGGUCAUCGCCAUCGUUGGGAUGGGUGGCCUGGGGAAGACUACACUCGCUCGGCAUGUUUUCAAUGAUAAGAGGGUGAAAGAUCAUUUUAACACGUACUGGAAAGUUGUUGGAAAAAAUUUUAAACCCACAGAGAUAAUGAAGUCUAUUUUAGAAUUGGCUGUCGAUGCAAAGGUCGACAUCUCAGAACCAGAGUUAGUGAGGGGGAGACUAGAAACAGUCUUAUCACUAUCAGGGAAGAGAUUUCUGCUCGUGUUGGAUGAUGUAUGGAAUGAAGAUGCAUUACUGUGGAGGGAGCUGAAAGCAGCCUUAUCAUGCGGGGCAAGAGGAAGUACAGUUUUAGUGACUACCCGUAGUCAAAAGGUCUCUUCGAUCAUGGGCAAAUUCAAUACCCACCAAAUACAGCAGUUGUCCCGGGAUGAUUGUUUGUCCUUGUUUCGGAAAUUUGCUUUUGGAGACGCAGAACCAAAUGAGAAUUUGAUGAAAAUCGGUGAAAAGAUUGUUGAGAAAUGUGCCGGUGUGCCCUUGGCUGCCGUAUCUCUUGGCAGCGCGCUCCAUAGCAUUCGAGAUGAAACUUAUUGGUCCUCUGUAUUGAACAGUGAAGUUGGGCAGCUAAGAGAUGAGGACCAGAAAUUCUUAGCUGUGCUCAAGUUGAGCUACGACGCUCUCCCUCCAUGGUCAAAGAAGUGUUUUGCAUUUGUCUCCCUAUUCCCAAAGAACUAUGCGAUGAAAAAGGAUGACUUGAUUCAGAUGUGGGCAGCAAAUGGUUUUGUAUCUUCAGAAGGCAAUUUUGAUGCCGAAACAGUUGGCAACAGCAUCUUUGAUGAUCUAGUACUGAGGUCAUGCUUUCUACCUUCAAAGAAGUGCGAUGAUGGCCGUCAUGUAACCGAGUCCACAAUGCAUGAUUUGAUGCAUGACCUGGCACGAUCAAUAUCUAAAGAUCAAUAUUACAAUAAAGGAUAUUCAGAACCUACCAUUUAUGCAUAG